UCCGACGAGAUGGCCGGUCCUCGAUUCUGUCGGUGCUCGACAUAUCGAUCCCUCGUGUCGGCGCAGUCUCGACCUCGCUGCGACCGUCGUAUCGAUAAUAUGCGCUGUCGACGGGCGCUCGCGCGAGAGUGGACGGUGCGAUCCGCGAAUUGUCACACACGGCCGUCUCGGCGAUUGAUUCCAAUGUGCGUGGGCUUUUGUAUCUUUGUAAAACGAACCGGCGCGGCCGCUCGCCGAGCUCCCGUUCGCGCGCCAUCACCGGCAAGAUAAAUGCGCCCGACGGAAGGGAGCGUCCGAGCCGCGAAGAGGCCUGUCAGACUCGUCGCGAGAGAGUCGAGCGUUUGCUAGCGCCGACGGGAACGACGGAAGGGUGGGAAGAGAAAGAAAGAGAGAGAGAGAGAGAGAGAGAGAGGUAGCGAGGAGAGGAGGAAACGUCGUCGAGGACACGCGCGCGACUCCGCGUCGCGGCUGUCCCAUCGGGGAGAAAAAUGACCGUUAUGGAUUUCUUCGGUUGCGCCUUCCUGGCCUUCGGCCCGCCACUAGCCAUGUUCGCGUUCACCAUCGCCGCCGAGCCCAUCAGGAUAAUCAUACUCAUCGCCAGCGCCUUCUUCUGGCUCAUCUCCCUGCUGCUGUCGUCCAUGCUCUGGUACGCCGUCGUUCCGCUGCAGGAGCACCUCGCGUUCGGCCUGGUCUUCUCCGUGCUGUUCCAGGAAGGCUUCAGGUAUCUGUUGUACUGGGUGCUGCGCAAAGCCGAGAGGGGCUUGGAGAAGGUGACGACGACGCACGUGGCUGACAGCAGGCACGUAUUCGCGUACGUUUGCGGCUUGGGCUUCGGCUUCAUGAGCGGCGCCUUCGCUCUGGUCAACGUCCUGGCAGACGCGGUCGGGCCCGGCACCAUGGGGCUUCGGCAGGGCAGCGAAUACUUCUUCAUAAUAUCGGCCGCCACCACUCUGUGCUUCAUCCUCCUGCACACGUUCUGGGGCGUCAUCUUCUUCUCGGCCCUGGACAGGAAGAAUUGGGGGCAGAUCGUCUGGGUGGUCGGCUCCCACCUGGUCGUCUCGUGCAUGACCCUGCUCAAUCGUUAUCAGGCGUACGCGGCCAGUCUACUGUCUGCCUACAUAGUACUGGUGAUAACGGCCCCGCUCGCGUUCACGAUCGCCGGCGGACGGACGCAGUUCUUGAUGCGCUGCUUCCGGAGGAACUGAGGGCUCACGAAGGUUACUUAAUGACACGUUCGUUAGUUAAGAGAUCCAGCUCCGACGGACACACGAGUGUCGGUGACCCGGGCGGACGUCCUUUCCCUUUAGAUGCUAAUCUCUGAGAGAGAAAAAUCGUUCGCUGCUCCAUUAUGUAUAGUAAUACGCGUAGAGACAAUGCGUUCAACGAGCAGGAUACUUUUUUCAUUCGGAUUAUUAAGCGGAUUACGAAGUAUGCAAUAUUGUUAGUGAAUUUUAUAUGGCGAAGUGUACUCUGUUAAAUUCGACAAUGUGUAACAAUGUAUCCGAUACGUUGACCAAACCGGUCGAGGGGCAGGUUUCGCUCUUGCGAUCCAAUGUUUUUCAAUGUGACGUGUUUCGAAGCAUGCUUCCCUCCCAACGUGAACCGCUCCGCAAUUGUUUUCCUCGUAAAAGGCUCUAGCGCAGGAUAUUUUGGUCAAGCUGCUAGUCCGUCCCUUAAUCCAUCGAAACGUUUACGCGAGAUAAGAAUAAUCUCUAACAAUUCGGUUUUCAUCCGGAUGACGUCAAGGUGUACAUUAUCCCUUUAUAUGUCAAUGCUCUUGUCUCCUGUACCGCGACUGUGUUGAAUUGUGACGUCAGAAGCGGAGAAUCACGUGAAUUCUCUCCCCUGUAUAGAGAUAAUAAAUAAGCUCUUUUUUAUAUUACUACACACGUUUCAUAAUAGAUUUGUAAAAUGAAAAAAAGUUCUUUUCGACUCGUAAUAAUAGCUAUGAAGUCUAUGAAAAAAUCUAGUUUCAAAGCAUAGAGCACGUUAAAUUGUGAACGCAUCUAUUCUAAAGCAGGAUAAUAAAAGCAGAACAACCGUUUCUUUUGUCAGUCUGCAAUGCCAUCACUUUGCAUUGAUGCGUUCACGAUUUAACGUGUUCUAUACUUUGAAACUAGAUUUUUUUCAUAGACUUUAUAGCUAUUAUUAUGAGACAUUGAUUUAUUUCAACAUGUAGCGCAAACAAAAAUUCACAUGAUUUUUCGCUUCAGCAUUAUAGGUGCGUUCAGGAGCUCACUAUCAGCGCUACUUAGCGCUGAAAACGUCAUAUCUUUGCUCACUAUGCGUCGAAGCAAGUGAGCUCUCGGACGCGUCCAAUAAUUUAACAUGGCUAUAGAGAGAAAACGAGCAACUAUAAAAACGAAGAGAAGAAUCUAAAAUGUAUGCGUCAGUGUGCUUAUACGUGUGCAUGUACAUAAAUAUGUCCAUAAGGCCCGGUCUACAAUCCUUUCUGGGUGGAAGAAAAAGGACCGACAUAUAGUUCCGACUUCUGACUAACGACUAACAACUCAUUGUAGACCGGGCCUAAUGUAUGAUUAUUACGUCAAAUGAGAUUUAUAUCUGUGCAACAAUUUGCGCCUUAAAGUGGAUUCCUUGAGUAGGUUAAAACAAAGAAGUGAUACAGUCUAGGAG